AUCCCAUCAGCAGAACAGAACUGUGUGGUUCAUUCCGUCCGUCCAUAAAACACGGUCUUCACUCACAGACAUGGACAGGCAGUCAAGGAAAGGCACACAGGGAACGGCCAAUCUUCGUUUCCUACUCAUACAUGCAGUCAGUCGGGGAAAGCACACAUUGCAACGCGACGACACCACGCCAGCAGAGUAGAGAGGAAAAACCCGUUGCUUGCCUCGCUGUGCGUCACUCGUCUCUCUCUUCCCCCAGCUCUAAAACGCCGAUGGACAGUCUGUACACUCCCGGCCGAGACCCGCAAACACGCGAUUAUCUAUCUACCUAUCUAUUUAUCUAUCUAUUCAAUCACCCAUUCAAUCACAUUACUCGUCCUCGCCCCGCCACACCUUGCCCCCCAGGUGAUCCCCCAGCGCUCUCAUUACGGUGGUGCGCGUCUGCUCGUGAGGGGCAUACUGAGGGGCAUACACGGUGGUGUAGAUUGAGACAUAGCGGAACUUCCCCGAACCAGCCUCCUCCCCCAGCCGAAUGAUCGCCAUCUGCCUCUCGCCCAUCGCCUCACUGUCACACACCACCAGCCGAUCGUGGUGUCCAUCCCCGCCCUUCUUCUUGUCGAACACGGCCGCCCCCGCCCCCCACUGUGCCGCACUGCUGGGAGAGGCCGCCAGCAGAUCACACACACGCCGGGAUGCAGCAGAGGCAGGACUGCCAGACACCCAGAAUCUGAUCCGAUGGAUGUGGCCGCCGUCGGUCAGCCAGUCGAACAGUCCGUGGGCCACCAUGGAUGUGUAAGUGCGGUAUGUCCAUUGGUUCAUCUCUGCGGGCGGGUCGGCGGGGUCGAAUGCGUCAGGAGGGAAGAGGUGACUGGCACAGGUGAGGACGGUGGGGAGACAGUAGUUCAUGCCGCCGUAGUGGCAGAGAAUCUUGUCGCCAUCCAUCAGGGAUCCCUGUUGAGUUCUGUGAUUAACCUUGAGCCCCCAGCUGAGUAUCUUCCACUGGCGGAUCGCCUCUGUCGCGGUGAGAAAGGCCGCGCGGCUGGCGAAGACGCCGAAGUUGCCAUUUCCCAACACCAGCGGCCUCUUGUCCCUCACCAAAUACAGCAUCUCCAGCACAAGCUUCCAUCUGCCCCACUUGCCGCCCCUCUCCAUCAUCCACAGCCAGCGGCUGAGCUGUUCGAUCAUCAGUGCUCUGAUGGCCAGUGUGACGGCCACCCCCUGGGCGAGCUGGGGGGUGGGCACCUCCACAAACACACCGAGGCCGAGUGACGCCACCACAAUGGGGAGCAGGCGUGUGAGGAUGGGCAGGAGGAUGUCAGGCGUGAGCGAGAUGGGACGCACAGGGGAGAUGGGCGGCUGCCGGUUGGUGUCGAUAAGACGGAAGUAGGCCAGCUGGGAGUAGCUCCUCACAUGUUGGGCGAUCCUCACCAUCAGCGUCGCGACGCCCAAUACGUCUCGGAGGUUGGCGCCCUGCUGCUGCUGGUGGUGGUUGACCAACGAUGCAUUGGUGGCACCUACAGCACACGCACACACACAUUUGGACAGCUGUGUGUCUGCAUGUCAGUGUCUUUCGCUUGCAGUUGAGAUGUUGGUUACCAUUGGCGGCAGACGCAGCUGACGAGGACGGCUGGUGAGUAGAGCCAGGGCUACCAACAGCAGCAGUACCCGACAUCCGUUCACCUGCACAGAUCAACACCAGCGUCAUAUUAGUGAAUGCAUGUUUGUGGAUGGCGCCUCAUCGAUCUGUGUCCCUCCGAGUGGCCCUCUGUCCUUUGCCGUACCCUAGUGCGUCAGGAAGCUACGAAGCAAUGCUCUCGUCCUCUCUGGCCGUGUGUGUUGCUCGACAGCACCAACGCGCCAGAACGUCCCGCAAAUCUGCCACCAACACGCAGAGAUCACACGGGCUGUCGCCACUCAUGGCCUCGUCCCGUUCUGGCCCUCUCUCUCACCUCAGUUGGCCAGAUCAGCGGGACUCAGACAGAUUGGCGGCAGCAUCUGUGCGGAUCGAUGUCAUCACGACCGCUCUUUGGGCAUCUCCCGGACCCUCCGCACAGUGCUGUUGUCACUAAAAGCCAC